AUGGCUCGCUCAAGAGGACCCCAGACCAGAAGCUUGUCGGCGCCCUUUCCAGCUGCACCUCCGCUGCCCUCGUCUCCAGCUCCGACGACUGCUCAUGUUCCUCUUCCUCUUCCCCAGUCGGCAGCCACUCCUCAUGGUAUGGCAUCUUCUUCUCUCCCACCUAAAGGAGUUGGUCAGCCGCUACACUCAUCCUCGACCCCCAUCUACCAUUCUCUCUCUUCACCGGCCAUCAACUCGAGCUUCAAUGCCACUAUUGCCGGCGUCCAUGGUGAUAGGGGUGUCCAUAUUAUUUCUACUUCAAAUCAAUGUCACCCUUCCCAACUUGAUCGUAUGUAUCAUUUGGGAACUAGAGACAACCCUAAUUUUCUCAUUGUCCCAAAACUCUUAACACGUCAAGAAAACUUUCAAUCUUGGAAAAGAGCUGUCUCCAUCUCCAUUGCUGCCAAGAACAAAACCCCGUUCAUUGAUGGCUCUCUGUCCCGACCUCCUCCAUCUGAUCCGAACUUUAAUUCUUGGGUGCAAUGUAACAACAUAGUCAUGGCUUGGUUAUUACAAUCUGUCUCUCAAGAAAUUGCUGCCAUUAUUAUGUUUCAAGAUUCAGCAAGAUAUAUGUGGCAUGAUCUUCAUGAGCGGUUCAAUCAAGGAAAUGGACCUAGAAUUUUUCAACUUCAAACUUCGGUGCACAGCAUCAAACAGGGAGAUUCGGACGUCAACACCUACUUCACUCGGCUAAAGGCUCUGUGGGAUGAGCUCAAAGAGUUUCAGCCUAUAGUUCCAUGUUCGUGUGGUUAUACGUGUGGAGUUAUUGAGAGACUCCUUGGGUAUUACACUAGAGAUCAGAUUCUUCAAUUCCUCAUUGGCCUCAAUGACUCUUAUAAUCCUAUAAGGGCUCAGAUUCUGCUCUAUGAUCCCCUUCCUCCUCUGUCCAGGUGUUCUCUAUGA